GGAAAGCUUACCAAAGGUUUUUGCUUCUACGCUUACACUCAAUUUCGUGGCCUUUUCUUCGGUUCCGCAAUCGAAUUUAGAGAGAGAAAGAGAGAUAGAGAAUCACAAAAACAAUGGGAAAUGCCUACUGUUUGUUUUGCGGAUGCGUAGGGCAGGCGAACGUCGGCGUGGUGGAGAAAUGGGGUCGGUUCCAGAAGCUGGCUCAGCCGGGGCUACACUUCUUCAAUCCUCUCGCCGGCGAGUGCCUCGCCGGAAUUCUCAGCACCAGGAUCUGCUCUCUGGACGUCAACAUCGAAACCAAAACCAAGGAUAAUGUCUUUGUCCAAAUGCAUUGCUCUAUCCAAUAUCGAGUGAUCAAGGAAAAUGCCGAUGAUGCUUUCUAUGAGUUGCAAAAUCCCAGGGAGCAGAUUACAGCUUACGUAUUUGAUGUCGUCCGAGCCCAUGUUCCCAAAAUGAAUUUGGAUGAGCUUUUUGAGCAAAAGGAUGAGGUUGCAAAGGCUGUCUUGGAGGAACUUGAAAAGGUGAUGGGAGCAUAUGGUUACAACAUUGAGCACAUACUGAUGGUUGACAUUGUCCCUGAUGCAUCUGUGCGCAAAGCAAUGAAUGAUAUAAAUGCAGCGCAAAGGAUGCAGCUUGCUAGCGUGUACAAAGGAGAAGCAGAAAAGAUUCUCCAAGUUAAGAAAGCUGAAGCGGAAGCUGAAUCGAAGUACCUGGGUGGAGUUGGGGUUGCUAGGCAAAGGCAGGCAAUUACGGAUGGGUUAAGGGAGAACAUCUUGAACUUCUCUCACAAAGUUGAAGGUACAUCAGCUAAAGAAGUGAUGGAUCUCAUAAUGAUCACUCAAUACUUUGAUACCAUCAAAGACCUUGGGAACUCUUCAAAGAACACCACGGUUUUCCUACCCCAUGGUCCUGGCCAUGUCCGGGACAUUGGUGAGCAGAUACGCAAUGGGAUGAUGGAGGCAGCCAGUGCAAAGGUCAAUGUUGAGUAAUUCUUUAAUGUUCUUAUGGAUACAAACCAGCCUUAUCUUUCUGUUUAUGCCAACCUUACAUGUUCAUCAUUAUAAUUUGGUCAAUGUUAUACAUUUUCCAUGACCUCUCAAUUCCUCUUUUAUUAGGUUUUUUAGUAUGUAAUAGUUCAUUUACAGCUUAUACCCUCUAUUGGUGUGGUACAUAAAUUGAGGCAAUAAUAUUCACAUGCAUGAAGUCUAAGAGACAUGGAGUUUUUUUAAUGGAAAAUUUGGAUUAGCUUUCAA